GCGACGGGCGCCGACGGCGACGACGGACAGUCAAAACGAAGCACGCCUCCGAACGGCUCAGCUCAGUCAGUUGGAGGGAGACGUCCCGCAUCCGACACCCUCAGAGAAAAAUACAUCGUUAAGGACCAUGUGCAUCCCUUCACCGAUUCAGAGUUCACCGAAUCACCGGCGAAAGAUGUGACCGCGUGUAGUGUAUUUUGUUUCCUGACAGCUCCGUCGUAAUAUAGUGCGACCAGUAGAGGAUGGGUUCCGAGAGGCUGAUCAACGCUUGGCUCUUCCUUCUCGCAUUAGCUGCAUCGUGCUUUGUGCUGCCCGUUCACUGCCACAGGAGACAUAGGCACGGGAACGGUCUCGGCUGCUCCAAGUGCCCCCCGGGCUCCGUGGUGAUGAGGCCCUGCGGCCACGGCUUAGACACCGAGUGCACACCAUGCCACAUGGGACAGUACAUGCCCCACCAUUCCCACAAGCGUCACUGCUUUCCGUGCUCACUUUGCGGUGAGGGACUCUUCGAAGCACACCCGUGCACAUCGGUUAGUGACACCGUCUGCGACUCGUGCCACACCGUCGUCAAGGCGCCACACAGCGCGAACUUUUACGUGAAGUGCGUCAACGACACGUCGGAGAGAUGGGAGCUGGACGACACUCUCCCCAGUCAAGCGAUGCUAGUCAGCAGCGCAGCCUUCUCACACAUGAGGCACGAAGACAGGACCGUUCCCGUGGUGCAACAACUUCGACCGCAUCAUCAAAAGGUAGAAGCGUACCAGAACGGAGAAGUGCCGCUGUCCUUCGGCGCUGGUGGCGGAGGCAUCGUCACCGCCGUCAUCUCCCUGAGUGUCGUCUUUGGUCUCAUCCUGGCUGUUGUCCUCAGCAGGUGGAGGUCCACUUCACAUGUACCUGAUAGGGCAAAGCACGGCUACAUGGUGGUGGCGCAGAAGCCCGAUAGUUGCUGUUCCAGCGUCUAGUGGACGGAGGACUGGAAGAGCACAAGCCACAAAUGCCAUCCAGGAGCACAAGUCGACGGACUGAUCACUAAAUGUGCCAUAUUUGCACCCAGUUGCACACACUGUAUUCCAUCGACGUUGUGCGUUGUUUUCUUUUUAACGAACUUUGCCCGUGCUGAAGGAUUGUGAAAUGUUGUUUCUCAAAGUUUGACUUCGAUGAAGCUUGUUGUAUAUGUUUGUUCAGUGGAAGCUUUUAUGACAAACUGUGCCCGUUCAUUCUACGUUAUUGUUGUGUAUAAUGUUGCCUCGGAAGUGCAUCUAAUAUAUUACGGAAAGAAACGCAGAUUAUGUUUUCAAUAUCGUCGAACGAUUAUAAGCAUCGCGAGGUGUGUUACCUAAAGUGCCAAAAUAAUUACAGUAAGAACACUACUGCUCGUCAUGAUCUCAGUUGUCUCGCGACGUAAACCCUCAAUUAUUAUUAUUACUGCUCGUAAACUACGUGCGCAGACGCGGCUGCAGUUGCAGUUCUACCAGAAUGAUGACGACGUUACGUUUGAAAUGCCCCACACCAAGCUUCUUUCCCUCUCACCAAGCAACGCAUUGAGGGUGUACAAUGUAUAUCCCUCCCCCAAUACACUUGCACUUUCAGAGGUGGAGGGGGUGGGGGUGAAAAGUCACCGUAUUUUCGGGUCACAGAAAAGUCCGCUGGCCCGUCGCACAUCCCGUGCGAUGCGACGCAACGGGUUAAGCUACGUUCCCACCACAGGGCGAGCGCCCGUGACGGCGCCCGUAACGGCAGAAAGGGGCCACUGAGGGCCCGCUUUUCUGUGCCGUCCAAGAUGUCGCUCCUUGCGCGGCGACUGGUGGUGGUGGUGGUGGUGAUAGGGCUUGCCGUUGUCGGCCUCACGUAUGUGGGCAACGUCACGACUCACGCCCUGGGGGAAUGUGCGUCCUGGGCCGACUUCCUGGGCCGACAUAUGUCUGAAAGCGUCUGAGGAAAACCCAGGAAAAACCCCAGACAGCACUGGUGGUGGCGGUGGUGGUGGUGGUGAUAGGGCUUGCCGUUGUCGGCCUCACGUAUGUGGGCAACGUCACGACUCACGCCCUGGGGGAAUGUGCGUCCUGGGCCGACUUCUAAGGGAACUGUGCCGACAUAUGUCUGAAAGCGUCUAAGGAAAACCCAGGAAAAACCCCAGACAGCACAGCCGGCACCAGGAUUCGAACCCGGGUACCUCCCAGUCUCGACGUGACAUGGCCAGCACGCUAACCACUGAGCCACGGGAGCUGGUCCAGACAGCACUGCCGACGCCGGACGGCAGUAGACCAACCAAUCAAAGCAAGGUAGACGACGAUGAUUCGUUUUCGUUUCCAGCACUUUAAUGUCGGUGUGGACACACACUCGCCGUUCUCCGUUCCCCGCUCCGAGAGCGUUCGCCUGGUCGUGAGGGGAACGUAGCUUUAAUGGGAAACACAUAUUUAAAAAAAAGGUCCUCGUCUAUGAUUUCGUUUUGAUAACGUUUGUUUGUUUGGUAACGUUUGGUAACGCUCGCAGCUAACGUCUUUUUUUUGUGACCAAACACUCUACACAAUGUUUUCUUACACACUCCCCCUCUCCCUCGACCAUGAACUAUGAACUCUGUAACAACCUCUUUGGAUACACGUCUUUUGGCUUCCCUAUUGAAAAGUCUGGCAGAGUUUUCUGCUGGUCCAGCAAGAGGGUCUACUGGUCCAGCAAGAGUCAGUCAUUGGUCCAGCAGAGAAGCCCAGUUGUCCAGUAGAGCCUUUCGUUUUUCUUACCUAUUACAAACCGCCCUCGGGCUAUAGGGGAUUUUAGAGUUCAGUUGUGCGACAUUACUAACCACUCAAUAUUGCUCUGUAAGAACGUAUCGUAAUACAUCAAAGACGUAACACCAUGAAGCUCUCCUCAACCACAUAAUAAUAUGCGCAGUAGUUUCUUGCACGAUUUCUUGACACCUUAGGUAAAACACCCUGCAGAUCGCGGGUGGAGCUUAAAAGAUGUACAUACGCCCCUCGGGUUUGGCACAGUCACAUUGCUAAGUGUCUAUUGGGACCUAAGUGGUUCACAAACCAUACCUUCGUGCGUUCAAUAAACCAAUGCGAUCUCAUA